CGCACGGAGAGGUGGAAGCACGCGACGGAAGCCGCGGAGGGACGUGCAGAUGUUAUCGGACGGCGCAGCGGAGUUCUGGGAGCGCUUGGCAGAAGUGAAAGCCUGGCUUUUCGAGAAAAUGGAAGAGGAGUCUUGUCUUAUUGGCGGCGAUUCAUCUUCGGAAAUGGAGCGUGUUGACGAAAGAAUGAGUGCAAAAGAUGACCUCCUCCGCGCUCAAUUCUUGGACUCGCAAGUCCGUGGGACGCCGAGCACGCUUCACGAAGUGAUAGGGGGCGUUGCAGAUGGUCGAGUGGUUGCUGGGUUUUUACACCAGUUUCGUGAGUACGCAAAUUCAACGCCCGGCACUGGUGAUUGGGUUGGUCCCAGCCCCCAAUAUGCUGUCAAUUUCGAAACGAAUGCCAAUAUCCAAAGCUACUGAUUUUGGGUCAUCAAGCCACAAGAUUCUAAAUUACUUGUAGUAAGCUACAAGUAAAGUAGUUCUCGUAGUAAAUAGAAGUUCUUGUAGUAAAAGUAAACUACAACUGUCCUGCUACAACCCGUGUUGUAAUUCAGUAAUGAGGCCCUUGGGGGGAGUCCACAAGACCCAGGGCCGAUUUUUCUGAGUGCAGAUCAUGCUGUCAAAUGCCGCAGACAAGUACAUGAUUGCCCUUGCCCGCACUAGGUACGGGCAUUCGCGUGAAAAUGCUGCAUUAAAGUGAAUUAUAUCGCAGUAGCUACAAGACUCAAAAUUUGUCUAGGAUACGUCAUUCUUUCAAUGCGCCACAGGCGUGGCACCAAGACGGUAUGCAGCCCUUUGGCUCGAAGUACCUGGUUCUUAUCACGGUAAACACACCGGCCGGUCUGGACACGCAAAAAACCGGCACCUGGAUUGGCACUAACGACUUACUUUGCGGUUCAGAACCCUGGAUCUCGUUUCCGGAAAAUGGCGAGCAAACUGGAGCCGCGGCGGCACAAGAAGUGGUGGCACCGUCGGGGACGAUGAACAAGUGCCAGGACAAAAAAAGGAUCUUUGGCUCCGCGGCUCGCCCGCCUCUGUUAGCGGGCGAUCCUGAGCUAGAUCAAAAAGCUCAUUACCAGCUUUUACGCCCUUACGAAGAUGCCAAGCCGCUCUCUGACACUUCUGAGGGUGGCAUGAGGGACACCGACACACGACAAGGACCAGCAGUGGCGGAGAACGUUCUUCCGGUUGAUGAUGUGAAGCAGAAACUAGUCAAGGCGCCUUCCUGCGACUCUCGCAUGGUUCUGGUUCCGGGCCCCCCGGGCACCGUGCUGGUCAUCAAAAAUGACGCUCUCGUACAUGCGGGGCCGCAGAUGAUUCUGUCCGGAAAGGAAGAAUGGACGUAUGAGGAGGUUCGCGAGAAGUGUUGGGACCGACAACGCCGCACGUUGUUGCGCCUCAAUAUCUGAAGCAACAGUAGUUCGACUUGAAGCACUUGAGAAAAAUCAGUAUUCAUCGUAUUAAUUGUGUAUCUGGAGCAGGAUAGAGGCUCCACCUCCACCUCAAGACGCAGGCUAGAUAGUGGAGGCUACUUAGUAGCUAUCCCAUACAGGCAGGGUCUGAGUGAGGUUUUUGGUAAAAAGUUUUGGUAAGAAGGAAGGUUUUUGGUAAAGCGCUUGUCGUUUGCAAAAAGGUUUUUGGUAAAACGGUUCAAUUAUCUCUAUUUCCUCUAAUAAAUAACGUCUGGCGAACGCAAACCUGACUGUUGCGCCGAGCCCAGUCAGCGUGACGGCGUAACGUAAACUGACAACUGGUAUUUAUCGCGGGGGAGGGGCAAGUUCACUGCUAGCUGCCCCUACUAAAAAUUCGUAAUGGUGGUCAAGUUUUAGCUCAUGAAUAUGUAGCUCCGGCUGCACUCUCAAAGUUCUGGAACGCCACUACCCUCCGCCACCCGACUGACCUGACCUGACAACUCCUAAGUACUUAUCCUAGCUGUAGCUAAGUACUUAUGCUAAAAUAAAGGUAGUUCGCUUUACUGAACAAGCGCAACUAGUACUAGUGGUCGGGUUCAGUAGUUUUCUUGUGCCUGACAAUUGAAAAAAAGAUGUGCCAAUUUGAAGUACAUGUAAUAUCGGAAACUGUUUGAUUCUUUUAUUUGUUUUCGCAUUCCAAGGAAUGUCAUUACUGCUCCUUUUGCUGAGUCAAGUUUUGCCGGAGCGCUUUCAUCAAAACCAGAAACAGGGAACAAGAGCGUUGUGAAACGGAAAGUGUACAAUGAAAAUGUCGAAUGCACAUUGACGUGCAACUCUAUAUAUAAAUGUAGCAGUUGAAACAGG